AUGUAUAACCGGAACCAACCCACUUAUUCUAAUCGCUAUCAGCCACAACAGCACACUGUAUCACCACCUCCGUUGCAACACCCAAUUCCAACUCAUCCACCGAUUCAAAUGCGCGAUCCGCCGACUUCUUCACCUUCGCCACCAACACAUUUGCAAGCAACACAACAUUUGCAACCGACACAACAACAACAACCAUUGCAUAACGCAAAUAUAUGGUAUAUAAAUGACACAACAACACAAAUGGGAAUGGAAUUUGGGCGUACAGCGCUGUCUGCUGGAACAGAAUAUGUGGAGAAAAACAUUGAUCGAUAUGUCGACAUUCCUGCUCUUAAAUAUUAUUUCAAAGUAAACAAUUCAUAUGUGGCAAAUAAAAUCCAGCUGUUAUUAUUUCCGUGGAGGCAUAAACGGUGGACUCGCAUUGUAUCACGAUCCGAGCAAGAUGGUCAAUUGGAAGGAUUUAAACCACCCAGAGAUGAUAUCAAUUCGCCAGAUCUGUACAUACCAGCAAUGGCCCUUGUGACAUAUGUAUUACUCACAGGGAUAGUCUCUGGAACUCAAGGCAACAAAUUUCAUCCAGAGAUUUUAGGAGUUAACGCAACUUCUGCAUUUUUCCUUGUGUUACUAGAAUUGGUAUUCAUUAAAAUAGGAUGUUAUUUGUUGAAUAUUACGGAUGCUAAUGUAUUAAAUUUACUGGCAUAUUCCGGAUAUAAAUUUGUUGGGUAA